AGGUGGAGAGAGCGCGCGAGACACAAUUGUGAAUCGCUCUCACAGUCCAGCAGAUAGGUGCUGCAAACGCACGCUGCGUACAUGCAUGUGUUGAGUGGGCGCUUGGAUUGAGAAUGCGGGAAAGAAGGAGGACUCUCACGUAAUAAUUCACCGACAUUUUCCAAUAUCUACAUCGGGAAUUACAAUUGUCCUUCUUUGUUUCAUUUUUUAUUAUUCCCUCACUAUCAGUUUUUUUGUAUUCUAUCCGUAUUUCUUGCGACUGUGAGAACUAACGUUAACUAUUUACGGGCUGCUUGUUAUAAGUGAGUGAAUGUAGAGAAGAAAUCAGAGUGCACGGAUGCUGCUUGGAUAGGCUACUGGACACAUAAUGUGUUGUUUAUACGCUGCUUCAAGGUAAGAAGACGAGUGGCUCUAUAAAGUAGCCUAACUGCAUCAUCACAAUUUGGGAAUCUGUGCGGGCAUUUCAUUGCCACUAAUCUGUUGGAAAUAUCAUCUAAGGAAUCUUGACCAUUUACAUCGCUUCUAUAUCAAUCUGGGAGUUGUGUUUUUUUUCUAACUGAAUAAACUCGGACAGAUUCAACAUUAAAAUAAAAUAAGAUAACAUCUUGGACAUUUUCUCUUUACAGGCAUGAUAAGAUAUUCGGAAUCGUUAUGAAUUCAUGACAUAGGAUAUAACCAGACUGAACAGACUGUUAAAGAAACAUUUAUUCAUUGCUGGAAAAAAGGGGUGAGGAUAAUCCCCCCCCACCACAAAAAAAAAUGAAGAAAAGUAUAGCGGGUACACUUGCUCUUAUUCACUGCAGUUGAAGCGGUGUUGGAGUGCGUCCGGAGUAAUGAAGUCUUACACAUCCUGAAAGGAAGGACUUCAAAUUAACCGAGAAGGAAAAUUAUGUUUAACAAAAACAAUAGCAGCAAGUAAACGUCAUCCUCAUUUGAUUCAAGGCAUUAAAAUCCAGUUAAGACAUUGUGGGGAACAAUGAGGACUACUGGCGCAGUGGACUAUAUAUGCUACAGUAUACUCAUCCUGCAGCUGCUGAAUCAGCCUGAUGCCAAGCAAGUGUUGCGAUAUCGCUUGUCUGAGGAGGGACCCGCCGAUGUCAGGGUAGGGAACGUAGCCAAGGACCUCGGAAUCGUCGCCGGGUCUGGUGAGGUUACGUUUACCCUCGAGUCUGGCUCUGAUUUUUUCAAAAUAGAUAAUAUAACAGGCGAGCUGACCACUAAUGAAAGGCGGAUAGACCGUGAAAAAUUACAGCAGUGCCAAAUGAUAUUUGAUGAAAACGAAUGUUUCAUAGAUUUUGAAGUGUCAGUAAUUGGACCGGCUCAGAGCUGGGUUGACCUGUUCGAGGGGAAAGUCAUUAUUUUAGACAUAAAUGACAACACCCCGUCUUUCCCCUCUCCUGUUCUGACACUGUCAGUGGAAGAGAACAGACCGAUUGGCACUCUCUAUCUCCUGCCCACUGCCACCGACAGAGAUUUUGGCAGGAACGGAAUUGAGAGAUAUGAGCUUAUUCAGGACAGCGGGGAGAGCUCCAGGCGCCUGGGUUCGACCUCAGGGGGACGCGGAGUGGACAGCAGGAGAUUUGAUGAGGGGGCAGCCAGGAGCAGCGUCUUUGAACUGCAAGUUGCUGACACAACUGAUGGAGAAAAACAGCCGCAGCUCAUCAUUAAAGGAGCGCUGGACAGGGAGCAGAGGGACUCUUAUGAGCUCACCCUGCGUGUUAGGGAUGGGGGCGACCCCCCACGCUCCUCCCAGGCCAUCCUGAGGGUGAUGAUCACUGAUGUGAAUGACAACAGCCCCCGCUUUGAGAAGGCUGUGUAUGAGGCUGACCUGCCAGAGAACAGCUCCCCUGGUGCCCCCAUCCUGCAGCUGAAAGCAGCUGACGCAGACGUUGGGGUGAACGGUCAGAUUGAGUACGUAUUUGGUGCGGCCACAGAGUCAGUGCGUAGGCUGCUGAGGCUGGACGAGGGCUCGGGGUGGCUUAGCGUGCUCCAUCGUAUUGACCGCGAGGAGGUGAGCCAGCUGCGCUUCACGGUAAUGGCAAGGGAUCGAGGUCAGCCACCCAAAAUGGACAAGGCAACCGUGGUCCUCAACAUCAAAGAUGAGAACGACAACGUGCCUGCUAUUGAGAUUCGUAAGAUCGGACGCAUUUUCUUGAAAGAUGGAGUGGCCAAUGUGGCAGAGGAUGUAGUGGUGGACACGCCUAUAGCUUUAGUCCAGGUGUCAGACCGCGACCAGGGCGAGAACGGCAUCGUGACCUGCACUGUGGUGGGUGACGUGCCCUUCCAGCUCAAACCGGCCAGUGAGAUUGAGGGUGAGAUGAAUAAGAAGAAAUACUUUCUCCAUACAUCAGCCCCGCUGGACUAUGAGGCCACACAGGAGUACAACGUGGUCAUUGUGGCUGUGGACUCAGGAAGCCCUAGCCUGGCCAGUAAUAACUCGCUUAUCGUGAAGGUGGGAGACUUCAACGACAACCCACCCAUCUUUAGCCAGAAUGUGGUGGAGGUGUCCUUUCUGGAAAACAAUGCCCCAGGCGAGAGGGUGACCACAGUGCAGGCAAUCGAUGCUGACAGUGGCAAGAAUGCAGAAAUCGCCUACUCCCUCGUCUCCUCUGUAAAUGGGAUAUUCUCCAUUGAUGCAGACAGUGGUGACAUCAGAGUAAACACCAUUCUGGACAGGGAGCAAACAGAGAGGUAUGAGUUCAAAGUGAUAGCUAAAGAUAAGGGCAUGCCCAUACUCCAGGGGUCAGCCACUGUGGUGGUCCUGGUGGCAGAUAAGAACGACAAUGAGCCAAAGUUCAUGCAGGACGUGUUCACCUUCUACGUCAAAGAGAACCUAACACCCAACAGCCCUGUUGGCAUGGUGACCGUCAUUGACGCUGACAAGGGCCAGAACGCUGAAAUGAGCCUCUUCAUCGAGGAAGAGGAGGAUAUCUUCUCCAUUGAGAAUGACACAGGAACCAUUUUCUCCACCAUGUCAUUUGACCGCGAGCAGAAGACUUCAUACACGUUUAGGGUCAAGGCUGUGGACGGUGGAGACCCACCCAGAUCCGCUACAGCCACCGUGUCACUUUUCGUGAUGGACGAGAACGACAACCCGCCAACCGUCACCUUCCCCAUCAACAGCACUUACACCCUCCUGCCCCCUUCCAGCAACGUCAGGACUGUAGUACGAACCGUCAUAGCCACUGAUACGGACACAGGGAUCAACGCUGACCUGAACUACAGCAUCAUCGGUGGAAACCCCUUCAAACUGUUUGAGAUUGACGGAGGCAGCGGGGUCAUCUCACUGGUGGGGAAGCUGGAGCAGAAACACUAUGGCCUCCAUCGACUCGUGGUUCAGGUGAACGACAGCGGGCAGCCCUCCCAGAGCACCACUACCCUUGUGCAUGUCUAUGUCAAUGAGACCCUCUCCAACUCCACCAUCGUAGAGGCCCAGGUGGCCAAGAGCCUGGGUACGCCGCUCAAUACCAACAUUGCUGGUGACCCCAACUACGACCUGGGUAAGCAACGGCUGAGCAUCGUCAUCGGGGUGGUCUCGGGCAUCAUGACGGUCAUUCUCAUCAUCCUCAUCGUCGUCAUGGCCCGUUACUGCCGCCCCAAGAACAAGAAUGGCUAUGAGGCAGGCAAGAAGGACCACGAGGACUUCUUCACCCCUCAGCAGCAUGACAAGGGCAAAAAGCCUAAGAAGGACAAGAAGAAUAAGAAGUCCAAACAGCCACUGUACAGCAGCAUCGUCACCAUUGAGGCCUCCAAACCCAAUGGCCAGCGCUACGAUGGUGUCAACGAGAAGCUGUCGGACAGCCCUGGGAUGGGCCGGUACCGGUCUGUUAACGGAGGGCCCGGGAGCCCGGAUCUUGCCCGGCACUACAAGUCCAGCUCGCCACUGCCCACGGUCCAGCUCCACCCCCAGUCACCCACGGCCGGGAAAAAGCAUCAGGCUGUUCAGGACCUGCCCCCUGCCAACACCUUCGUUGGCACCGGAGAUAACAUUUCCCUUGGAUCUGACCACUGCUCUGAGUAUAGCAGUCAAACCAUCAACAAGUACAACAAACAGCCGUUCCGCCGAGUGACCUUCUCCGUGGUGAGCCAGCCCCAAGACCCCCACCAGCAGGGAUCGCUGCAGAGCUGCUACGACAGCGGGCUGGAGGAGUCGGAGACGCCCAGCAGCAAGGGCUCUUCGGGGGGCCCAAGGCUGGGUGCGCUGCCCCUGCCCGAGGACAGCUACGAGAGGACCACGCCGGAUGGCAGUGUCGGUGAGGCAGAGCAUAUGGAAAAUGACACCCGGCCCUUGCCCGACGUAGCCAUGACAGGCAAGUGCACCCGGGAAUGCGAUGAAUACGGCCACUCUGACUCCUGCUGGAUGCCUGUGCGCACGUCGCCUGAGCGCCGGCCCAAGACAACCACAACCCAACAACCAAAGCUUUCCACCUUCAUGACUGGCGGUGGCAGCGGCAGCAGCCCUCCCGAGCAGCAGCAGCAGCAUCCUGGCAGCCAGGAAGCCCUGGCCGCCAUGUCCAAUGGAGACCCCUCCUCCCACGUGAUGCUGGGCAAUGACCGCAACCGCAACCUGCUCAACAAGAAGACAGCCUCCUCCUCCUCCUCCUACGAGGGCUUUGGCUCACCCAGUUUUAGCCCACCGGGGGUUGAAGAGAGGGUGGUGGGUCACCCCAUUGAGGAGAUCCCUCUGGCUCCCACCGGGGAGUACAAGCCCUCACCCUGCGGCACGCUCACUCGCCGGGAGGUCUACCUGUGAGGGGGGCGGGGGAAGUAGUGCCAUGGUACAUAAACAUCAACAAUAUAGUAGGUUACCACAACGACAACAACUGAAGACACUUUUUACUGUACCAAAUGUACCUUGGCUGAGCAGGAAAGGUCCAGGGAUAACCCUUCUCCAAGACAACAACAACAACAAUAAUGCUAAAAGCUACGUGGAUACAAACAUAAUCCCUUUUAGAUUUCAGAUUCUGACCAUAUCCUGCAAGAGGAAGAAGAGGGUGGGGCUAUUGGUGGGACUCAAAGUGAGACAUUGGGUAACUGCUGCUGGCCGGCCAACAUUACUGCUGCCUGACCAACUAAUUUCCAUAAAACGUGCAUGCAUUAUCUCUCCCUGACCCCACCUCUUAAAGACUGUACUGUAGAAAAGAGGAUCUUUCUUUAUUUUCCGCUCUUUUUCUAUAACUGUACUUGUGAACUAGUUUGAGUGUGACAAUGAGAUGUGUGACAAAGGACCGAUGUCAUGCCUUUUGGGGACUUUCUGACACUCCCACCCUCAUGCAAGCGUCAUAUAGCCUACAUACAGUAAUGUGUCAUAUAUCACAUCACGUGUCAUGACACCUUUGUGCUACUCACUCUGGAUUCUGGAUUCUGCAUUUCAACAGUUUAUGAUUCAAUGUUGCUUUCUCAUUCAAAAAGAGACCCAAACACAACCAAACAACAAUAGACUGCGAAGGCUACUAGCAUGGCAUCAUCAUUAACAUUUGGGAAAGACUAAGCUUUAACUUUCUGUCCUGUGGAUGAGACUGUGUGUAUCGCCUCAUUCAUAGGAGAAUAUAAUUAACAAAAUGGACUAAAUGGAGCCAAUGUGGUUGGCAAUGUCCAAGCCACAGUAGUCCCUGACCCACAGGGUGAAUGAUGAAAUGAUGUCGAAGUAUGCUUAUUUACCAGUGUGCAUAUAAUACUCUCUUUGCCUCUUUCAUAGACACCUAUAGAAGUGAACAUUGGACAUAUACAUUGAUUCAGACCAAUACUUUACAGCUCACUUUGCCCUUCUCUCUCUCUUUCUCUAUGUUUGGAUGGCCUGAAAGUUGAAGACAAAAAAUACAUUGGAGAUGCAAGUUUCUAUCUAGAACCAUGACCAAUCUGAACUGGUUGGCGGUCUUUGCUUGAGUUGCGUAAUAUGUUUGUACGUAGUUGUGCAUAUAUUGAUUCCUAUUCAGAUUAACGUUUCCCACACAGACAAGCAGACUCAAAUUCACACAAAUCAACACACAGCUAACAUGUCAUGCUAUGCUAGAUUUGAGUUGAGUUAGUUGAGAAAAAUGCUGGGUAUGUAAAAGCAUGCAUGAUAGGGUAGGUUGAGCUGGUCGAGGAAAGCUAUGUUUUGACGUUUUUCCGUUAACUUUAUUUUGCGUUAAGGUGUGUGCUAGAAUGAGCAAUAAAUACCAUAUUGUACACAACACUGACAUGACCACACUCUCUAUCACAUAAUGGUAAGCAUAGUACUCUAACAAGGUCCAUGUUCAACUACCCAUAAAUGGAGAUGUCACCAGUGGUGGAAGUACAUUUCCAUACGGCACAUCUCAAUGAAUUACAAUCUAAAAUACCUAUUGAUGUACAGUUACAAAGAGGCGUGGGGAAAAGACACCAGUUUAGCAUCUUACAAGUUAGUAUGUGAGAGAAACCAAAGCAUAGGAAACAACAAACUGGCAUGAAGGUACAUGGGAGAAACUACAGUACUACUACAAGUUGCUUUUAAUACACGCAUAUGUGUAAGUGUAUAGUGAGAGCAUAGGUUGAAUUGAGCACGGGUGCGACAUGUAGGCAAACGUGUAGGCAUGUAGGCAAACUAUUUUGGACAACCACAUAUACACAGAAACACACACAAUAUGAAGACAUUGUGCCUCCUUACCCAUCGCUAGUGGUCUUUUUCACUGGUGAGUAGGCACAAGGUCUUGCCACCAUAACCAAGCAAAAGAAUAUCAGCUAAAUAUCAGAUGCAUUGGGAACCCUUUUGUAUGUUAGCUAACCCUUUGGUUCAAAACAGACUGCUUUUUGGCAGUCUACCAAUCUGUAAGUACUACUUGUCGUUCGAAGAAGUGUUCCUAUGCUUAUAAACUGUAUACAUAGGUACUUUUUAUUGCAUGUUUAAAGGGAAUUUACUUACUCAGAAGGAGAAAAAAAAAUAAGGAAAACAAAAAAAAACUUACCCUGUGAACAUGGAUGUCCAUCUUGUUGCUUGCUUUUGUUAUACCUAAACUGACAUUAGCCAUGUAGUAUGACUGAGUAUAUCAGUUUGAGGAGGAAGAAAUGUAUGUUUAUUUAGCAUAUUUCUUUAACUUUCCAUCAUAUUUCUUGGAUUGUGUUUCUUUCAUUCCUGUCAGACAAAUUUCCAGAACGUUCCCCAUUCCACUGAACAAACCUUACAGUUAUAACAUACCUUCAGUUCAAGGUUGCUCACCUGUAAUGUCUGUCUUACAUAGUACAGUAAGACGAUUUGCAACUUUGUACUGGCAUUGCAUUUCCAUCCCCCCUUUUCUCUCUCUUUUUUUGCUAUUUGAUAUACAAUAACAAUCAGAACCAUGGAAAUAAUCAUCUUUAUGUGUUUUCUUUUUUUGUCAUAUUUUCUGUUGACAAUUUGUAUAUUUAGAGUGCUUCUGUAAAAAAGAAAAAAAACUAAACUAUAGAGUGAAUUCAAAAUAUGCAAUUGUGCCUUUUUAUACCAAUUGGUAUGAUUCAAUGUUGGUUUGGAAUGGUACAAAACCAGUUAUGCUGACAUGCUUUCUAAAAGUAGUGGGGAUGGUAUUUAUGUCAAAAUUUAAAUAACUCCUGAAGAUUAUUAUACGAUAGAGGAAAAUACAAUGACUUUCUGGCUUCUCCGGAUGUGACCAGUCAAAUGUCGGUAAAAGCCUGAUACAGUAGAUACAGUGUGGUACAUUGAUACAGAAUGGUCUUGAUGUGGUCUUUAUGUGGAAUGUUCAAGGUAUGAAUCUCCAUUCCUAGCAUAGUGUGGUUUCAUGAACCAAAUUACAACUUUUUGUACUGCUUAAUAUUAGUAACAAUGACAAUAUAUUCUAACAAUUAUUAUCCUAUGGUGUUCUGCUAAUGUACAUGUUCAGUGCAACAACCUUAUGUGCAUGAAACACUCUUCCGGAUUAAACACAUUGGGGCUGGUAGAAGAAAAACUUGGAGACAUUUGACUGUUCAGGAUGCGAGGAAGCCUGGAAUUGCUAAUAUGGAGGUUGAAAAAAGUUGCAAGGUAGAGAUGCUGACAGAAUACACACCUCAGGAUGUACAGCAACCCCUAAUACACACUCACAAACACACAUUUAGAACACAUACAUUACAAAAAUAUUCAACAAAGUAUUGGAAACAACAGAGAAGUAGUGUAGUAGGUUCUCGUUGUGUUAUAACAUAAAGGAAAUUGCAUGUCUUUUCGAGAAAGACCGAGAAAGGGAUAUAGAGGGGGAUAAGUGUUAUAUAAGAGCUUUUUUGAUUAACUCUUUACUCAAACAUUCAAUAUGCUACUUGUGCUUACUACUGAAUGUACAAUAUUAUCUGAUAGAAAAGAAACAGGGAGAAAAUCAAUUGGUCUUUCCUUGACCUGGUAAUCCACAGAUGACUGUCAAAUUUGGUUUUUAGAAAAAUAUAUUUAAAAAAGUAUAUUUUUGCUACCUGAGGUGUAUGUUUAGUCAGCUCUCUUCUAUUAGUUGUUCAGCAUUCACAGUCUGUGAUGAAAUUUGUGAUAUUAACUAUAAACUAUUUGUCCUGCGACUUGGAUGUUGAUAUGGAAAUUGAGGAAACAGUUUAUCAUUGUUUAUUAUGAUUCACUAUGCACGCAGCUUAGCUGAACAUGGCAAAAUGUAUUGAACGCAAGCCCACUUCUAUUUAUGAAAUCUUUUACAUAAUGUAAUUUGCUUUUGUACAGGUUUCUGUAAAUAAACUGCUUGUCAUUUUCGUCUGUGCAGAAAUUAAAAUAUAACAUGGUAAAACUA